UUGACCGCCGAUGGAGCGCGAAAGUCGGAUAUAGCCGUGCGCGCGUGUGCGUGUGUUCGCGACUCCGCCGGCUAAUGCUUAUCAAAGUCGCCCGAAGGGCACUUUCCGCGGCCAAAUAGCCCGAAUAGUUGACUGCUGUCGGCAUUCGAUCGCCAAGACGAUAAGUGCGAAGACGGAGUGAGCCGCGCCAGUUGGAUCCGCGAAAACUCGUGAAACUUGGACGUGCAGUGACCGGUGCGGCAGAAUGCGGGUGAAAACAGUGCCACGACACCUGCCGCGCAAACUGCCGGCGAGCGGCGCAUCUGCAUCGAAGGUGGCGUUGCCGGCCGGGCGCCAGGUCGACCUGCCGGUGAGCAGCGUCCACUUGAGCAGGCUCGGCGACAUUGUCGAGCAGCUGGAUCCGGGCAGCGGCAAACAGGACCGAGUGUCAGCGGAGCCAAGCGCCCUGGACCUGUCAACCAAGCGCAAGCAGGAGGUCUCGGCCGACAAGUUCAAGGACACGUACCUGUACCAAUUGAUGACGGACCCCCAGUUCCUGCAGCAGGCGAGCCGCGAUUCCCGGCAGCAGCAGCAGCAGCAGCAGCAGCAGCAGCAGCAGCAGCAGCAACAGCAGCAGCAGCAGCAGCAACGGCCGCAGCAACAGCAGCAGCAACAGCCGCAGCAGCAACGGCGGCAGCAGCAGCAGCAGCAGCAGCGGCAGCAGCAGCAGCAGCAACAGGGCAGCAGCCGCUGCCCGUACUGCAAGCGCGAGUUCGGCAGCGAGUCGGAGCUGAGGGCGCACUCGAGCGUCGCGGGCGACGGGUCGACGAGCCAGCUGAGCUGCUGCGCCUGUGGCAAGUCGUUCGCGCAGAAGAGGUAUCUGCGCUACCACCAGCGCAGCCACUCGGAGCGCAGCAAGUACUCUUGCGACAUUUGCACGCGCAAAUAUUCGCGGCUCGACAAUCUGACGCGCCACAACAUCUUCCACACGAAUCCCGACAAGUUCCCGUGCAAUAGCUGUGAGCGAACUUUUGCGCGCAAGGACCUGCUGAACAAGCACCUGAAAUGCCACGAGAACAAGUACAAAUACCACUGCGACAUCUGCCAGAAGUACUUCAAGGGCCCGGUCUCGCUAGACAACCACACCAAACUGUUUCACGCACCUCUGCGCCACUCGCUGCAAUUAUCGGCCGCCCCCGCCGCCGCCGCCGCCGCCGCCGCCGCCGCCCGCGCGCCCGCCACGAGCUUCACCAGUCAAAGUUGUUAGCAUUUUUACAUGUUGUAAGUUUGCCCGAAUAAAGCUACAAAA